AUGGUUUUGAAUGAGGGAACCAUGAGGUCCUUCAGCCGGACCGGGCCGCCGGUUCCGGUCUUGCUCCUGCUCCUGCUACAGGCCCGGUGGGCGCGGGCCGGACGCUCGGACCGCGCCGUCUUAGCGUCGGAGGAGUACGUGAACGCCAAGGUCAGCGCCAGCGUGACGGACGCGCGGGGGCACGCUGUCCACGUCAUGAGCAGCGAAGUGGGUACUUACGGACUCAACUCGCCCAAAGUGGACACACGCUCGCUGCUAGUGGUCACGCCCGCCCCGCGCCACGGAGUGGUGGACCAUCAGGGCUGCGACCCCAACACGCGUUUCGUGGCGCCUCCCCGCGGCAUCCAGUGGGUGGCGCUGCUACAGAGAGGAAACUGCACCUUCAAGGAGAAAAUCCUCAAGGCGGCCGCCUUCAACGCGUCCGCCGUGCUCAUCUACAACAACUCCACCAACAAGACGGUCAAAAUGGGCCACGAAGGGACGGGCGACACGGUGGCGGUGAUGAUCACCGAAGCGUACGGCAAGGAGAUCUUGGCCCUCCUGGAGCGCAACCUGAGCGUGGCAGUCACCGUCCUGGUGGGUCAACGCGGACCCGUCAACCGAGGCUCGCUGGUCUUCGUCUCCGUCUCCUUCAUCGUGCUCAUGAUCAUCUCCUCCGCCUGGCUCAUUUUCUACUUCAUCCAGAAGAUACGAUACGGCGCCGCCGCGCACCAAGGACACCGUCGUCUGGGCGACGCGGCCAAGAAGGCCAUCGGGAAGUUGGGCACCAGAACGGUCAAGAAAGGAGACAAGGAGACGGAUCCCGACUUCAACCACUGCGCCGUUUGUAUUGAAGCUUACCAGCUGAACGACGUGGUCCGUGUCCUUCCUUGCAAGCACGUCUUCCACAGGGCCUGCGUGGAUCCUUGGCUGAACGAGCACUGCACGUGUCCCAUGUGCAAGUUGGACAUCCUCAAGGCUCUGGGCGUGGCGAGCGGCGGCGCGUACGUGGACGGCGCGUCUUCGGACUUUAGGAGACCGAUAGUCGCCCGGGCGCCUGCCGGACAGAGGGCGGCGGCGCCGAGCCGGCGCGGCGGCCGACCCGCUGUCAGCCUGGAGCCGCUCAGCCCGCCCCGCCCGGAGGCCCCGCCCAGGACCCCUGCUGACAUCGCCAUCGCUGUCACCAGCGGCCACUUGUUCACUUCGCCUCCGCCGCCGCCUCGUAUGGAGCUUCCCGAGCUGCAGGCCCCUCUGGACCUCUACGACGACAAGUCCUGA